CACGAAUGUAAUAUUGUAUUUCAACUCUGAAACUCAAAGGUUCUAAACCAGCAAGAUUAUAUAAAAUAAAUUAAUGAAUUUUCAUAUGUAACGGAAAAUAUAUGUACAUCAAAGUAUUCAUACAAAGAAAUCCAUUAUUUUAUUCAAUUCAAACGUCUUUCAAAUACAUUCUUGAAGUGUCUGCAUUGGCUGUUGUGGCACAAUGCUGAUCCGUCAGUGAAGUCGGCGAGAGGUUGGACGCCCCUGCACGUGGCCGCCGUCAAAGGUCACGACCACUGCGUUCAGGUCUUUACGUUCAGUCUCGUAAAUUUUUUGCACGGUUGAAUGUCUGAUCAAACAACUGGGCACCUGGCAGUCGUUCAUGGCCACGCUGGUGUCCUCCACACCCUUCUCAGAGCUGGAUGUGACAUAAAUAUGCUAGACAAGAAUCAAUGGAGUAUGGUGCAUUGUGCGGCCUAUCAUGGCCGGCUUGGAUGUCUACAGCUCCUCGUCAGGUGGGGCGGAUCUGUUGAGGAGGUUGACGGAAUGGGAAAUACGGCAGCUCACUUAGCUGCCACGUCAGGGCAUCUUUCAUGUUUGAAGUUCAUCAUGGGUGAACAUAAAAGUAAAUGGAACAAUUGCCUGAAAGACAGAAACAACAAUGGGGAAACGGCACUAAUGUUAGCACAUCAGUACAAUAAACAACAUGUCGUCGAAUACAUAAAGAAUCUACAAUGGGAAGUCGAACAUCCGGAAGAGGCUAAAAGCGCAUCUUUUCCGGCUCAUCUUGCUGCAUACACCGGCGAUUUGGAACAUCUGGUCAUGCUGAUUGACAACCAGGUUGUCCACAUUGACGAGAGGGACGACAAUGGAGCUACACCAGCACACAAAGCUGCAGGCCAAGGUCAUCUAGACAUCUUACAAUGGCUGAUAGAGCACGAUGCCAACACGAGGAUCAAGAACAAAGCUGGCGAAUCCGUGGUCGACGUCGCCAGACGAUUCGCUCAGCUUCCCGCGCUUCAAAUGUUACAGCGCAACUCUAGAGAUGCCGUCAAUGAUGAGGACGAUGACGACGAUGGUGGUGGCGAAAAUGGCAUUCCCCGAAGUGAUUACGAUGACGAUGAUGAUGACGUUGACGAUUUCAUGGUGAGAGCCAAAAAUCUCCUGUUAGAAAUGGAAAAAAAAUAUGAGGUAGCCAAAAUGAAUUUCAUCCAAUUGGGUGGAGUGGUGGAUGGUGUCGUAGAAGAAAAAAUCAGUGAUGUCGAAAAUUAUAGACGCCAGCUAACAGAACUGAAACGACAGUUAGAUAUGGAGCGUGCAGAAAGGAUGGAAAUAAAUGAAAGAAUGGAGGAGUACAAAGAUGAAAUCAUAAGACUUACGUGCGAACUUCAACAAGUUAUGCGCGACAAGGAAGAGAUGGAUGAGAUGAUGGACAGGAAGACGACAAAGAACGAUAAAACAGUUAAGAAGAAAGUAGCAUCUAGAUAGCAAGGACGUUGCUGGAUGGAGAUGACGUAGAUGAUGACGGCGACGCUGAUUGGUUGGUUGUUUGAUAAGAGUUCACUGAUAGGUUGAUUUUGUGAUGUACAUCAUCACAUUAUUUGAUGACCAUGGAGAUGAUGACGACAAUGAUGACGAACGUUUCAAGCGUUUCAAUUCAACCUACCCGCACCAAAAAUUUAAAUUUUCAA